AUGACCAUAGUCUACAUUAACAUCUUUCUGGCUUUCACCAUAUCACUUAUAGGAUUACUGAUAUAUCGAUCCCACCUAAUGUCUUCUCUUCUAUGUCUAGAAGGUAUAAUAUUGUCCCUGUUCAUCAUAAUAACCGUAGUAGUCCUAAACAACCACUUCACAUUAGCCAGCAUAAUCCCUAUUAUCCUAUUGGUAUUUGCAGCUUGCGAAGCAGCACUAGGCUUAUCCCUACUAGCAAUAGUAUCAAAUACAUAUGGUACUGACUACGUACAAAACUUAAAUCUCCUACAAUGCUAA